UGAUUAUCAGAGAAAACUGGUAGAGUUUAAAAAAAUGGACUAUGUUCACAAGGAAAAGCACUGUACGCUAUCAGAUCCAAUACGUCCUGGAUAUAAAAGUCCCACAGAGUUGGGAAUAUAAAGCAGCGAUCAUUCGCUUCAGACAAACCAUCCAUGAAAACACACUCACUCGCUCACUCCUAAAACAUUCUCUACUCCACAUGUUUGACGAAGAAGAAGUAUAUUCUCCUUGUGCUUCUGCGGAGGACCUCUUUACCGCCAUGGACACUGCACUCAGUACAACCUCGAGAAGAAAAAAGACCAAGAACAAGAGAAGAUUCAGCGAUGAACAGAUUAAAUCAUUAGAAACCAUGUUCGAAUCAGAAUCAAGACUGGAGCCUCGAAAGAAACUUCAGUUGGCAAAAGAGCUUGGCUUGCAGCCAAGACAGGUUGCAAUAUGGUUUCAGAAUAAGAGAGCUAGAUGGAAGUCUAAGCAGCUCGAAAGAGACUACAGUGUUUUACGCGCCAAUUACAAUAAUUUAGCUUCCAGGUUUGAGACCUUGAAGAAGGAGAAACAAGCGUUGGCUAUUCAGUUGCAGAAACUGAAUGAGCUGAUAGAGAAGCCAAGGGAAGAAGGAGAGUGUUGCGGCGAACAAGAAACAGGUGUGAAUAGCAGUGAAGGUGAAUCGGAAGCUAAAGGAGUUAUCUCGUCGUUUGAAAGAUCAAGAAAUGGAUUAGGAGUGGCAUCGGAUGAAGAUAGCAGCAUAAAAGUUGAGUAUUUUGGAUUAGAGGAAGAACCUGAUAAUAACCUUAUAAGCAUGGUGGAAGCUGCAGAUGGAUCAUUGACAUCACAAGAAGAUUGGAGGAGUUUAGAAUCCGAUGGUCUUUUUGAUCAAUCCAACAGUGGCAGCGAUCAGUGGUGGGAUUUCUGGGCUUGAAAUCGACAGAGGACUGUAUAUAGGCAAAUAAACUCAAAAAAGUUUAUCGAGAGGAACAUUUAAUUUCCAGUGAAUUGAGUACCAGUGAUCAGCUCAGUAGCCAUGAAACUAGUAAAGCUAACACCGGAAUGCUUGUAUGUGAAUGAGAGAGAGAGAGAGAGAGAUAGUGCACAAAUACCUCCGAACAGAAAGAAACAUGUACCCGUUUAAUUUAGAAGCUGUAAUUGCUGUGCUAUCUCAUACAAAUUUGCUUGGUCUUGCACUGUUUUUAAAUUAACAAACUAAUUAAUUGAACAGAAGCGGUUGGAAAUGAA